AUGAUCACACGAAGCAAGUGUCAAAGAUCUUUGUUAUGGUUUCUAAUGUUCCACGGCGGAGCUACAGCCACCACUGAACCUCCCUCCGGCGGGAAACAGCUCUCUCAGACACCCACUUGGGCUGUUGCCAUCGUCUGCACCUUUCUCAUCCUCAUUUCUCAUCUUCUUGAAAAGGGUCUUCAAAGACUCGCCAACUGGCUAUGGAAAAAGCAAAAAAACUCUCUCCUUGAAGCCUUAGAGAAAGUCAAAGCCGAGCUAAUGAUCCUUGGAUUCAUUUCAUUGUUACUCACUUUUGGAGAAACAUAUAUUCUCAAGAUAUGUGUUUCUCGAAAGGCUGCUCUUUCUAUGUUACCUUGUUCAUCUGAAGACGCAGAGAUUUUCCAAAAUCUUGCUCCAUCUCUUAGUAUACGUCUUUCGGCUGCUGGUGAUACACCUGUGAGUUGUAAACAAGGAUCAGACCCACUCAUAACAUUGAAAGGCUUGCACCAACUUCACAUCUUGUUGUUCUUCUUGGCCAUCUUUCAUAUCCUCUAUAGUUUAAUCACCGUCAUGCUUAGCAGGCUCAAGAUUCGUGGAUGGAAAAAAUGGGAGCAAGAGACAUUAUCUCAUGACUAUGAGUUCUCUAUUGAUCAAUCAAGACUUAGGCUCACUCAUGAGACUUCUUUUGUGAGAGAACAUACAAGUUUCUGGACAACAGUUCCCUUCUUCUUUUACGUCGGAUGCUUCUUAAGACAGUUCUUUGUAUCCGUAGGAAGAACCGAGUACUUGACUCUGCGCCAUGGAUUCAUCUCUGCCCAUUUAGCCCCGGGAAGAAAGUUUAACUUCCAGAGAUACAUCAAAAGAUCUCUCGAGGACGAUUUCAAGUUGGUAGUUGGAAUAAGUCCAGUUCUUUGGGCAUCAUUUGUGAUCUUCUUGCUGCUUAAUGUUAAUGGCUGGAGAACACUGUUUUGGGCAUCGAUACCUCCAGUGCUCAUAAUUCUAGCUGUUGGAACAAAGCUUCAAGCGAUUAUGGCAACAAUGGCGCUAGAAAUCGUGGAGACACACGCGGUAGUUCAGGGGAUGCCUCUAGUGCGAGGCUCAGAUCGAUACUUUUGGUUCGAUUAUCCGCAACUGCUUCUUCAUCUUAUCCACUUUUCCUUGUUUCAGAAUGCUUUCCAGAUAACACACUUCUUCUGGAUAUGGUAUUCUUUUGGGUUAAAAUCAUGCUUCCAUAAAGAUUUUAAUCUUGUGGCCACCAAACUCUUCCUAUGCCUAGGAGCUUUGAUCUUAUGCAGCUACAUUACUCUCCCUUUGUACGCCCUCGUUACUCAGAUGGGUUCACACAUGAAGAAAGCAGUGUUUGAUGAGCAAAUGGCAAAGGCAUUGAAGCAAUGGCACAAAGACAUCAAACUGAAGAAAGGCAAAGCGAGGAAGCUCCCAAGCAAAACACUUGGUAGUUCAGAGAGUUUCAGCCUCUCAUCCUCUUCUUUUGCAACCACUCUUCACCGUUCCAAGACCACUGGUCACUCUUCUAACGUUAAAUACUUUAAGCAAGAAGAUGAAGAAGACGAAGAAAUGUCGUCUGAUCUUGAAGCAGCUGGGGUAGAUUAG